UUUUUAGAUGUCUUUUUUAAAAGACAUAGAAAAACUGGCGCAGCCUGUUUUUCAACUUCCAGAUUUGGAGGAUGAAGAUGUUGAUGGCACAUCAUCAAAAGCAGUUUCGAAGACCAAAUUCGAGGAUGACAAUGGCGUGUCAAAUUUGAGGAGGAGAGUGAUAGCCUUAGAUGUUGACGACAGCUCGAAAUAUGGUGGAACGAAGGUUUCACGGAAUGAAAUUUUUGAUGAUUUCUCUGGUAUGACGGGUCUUGCUGAUCAUCCUACUUUAGAAAACGGAGAUGAUGAUCAUACUGAUGCAGAAGAUGAGGCUGCUGUUGAGGGUGAUUCUGGCGAAGACGAAAUAAAUGGCGUUGGAAGCAGUGAUGAUCGGGGCGGUGAAGAUGAAUCUGGAGACGAAGCCACUCCUACCACCUCUGUGGACGGAGAAAGCGAAGAAAUCGAAAGCGAAAGUGAAGCUGAAGAUGAGGAACAGCACGAAGAGCAAGCCGAUGACGAUGCGAAGGCAGUGUCCAUGCAAGACCUAAUGAAGAAAGUUGAUCAAGAUAAGCAAAAGCGAAAAGGAGAAUCUGUUCGUGCUCAAUCUGAGAUAUGGGAGCAGUUACUCUACGUGAAGAUAAAACUGCAUGCUGCUUUGACUGCGUUUAAUCAGCUGCCACGUGGACAGCUAGCCAAAGAUCUUCUCAAGGAAGCGGAUGAAGAAACUGCGAACAACCUCAAGCAGGCUCAAAAGAAUGCGUUGAAAUUGGUAUCUGGGUUACUAGAAGCCGAGAAUCUUCUGUUAUCUUUGUCUUCCUUCACACAGGCUAUGAAUGGAGGAGGAGGAGCAGCGGAUUCUGAUGAUGAAGAGAUUGAGAGCAGCGAGGACGAAAAAAGUGACGAUAGCGUCGCUGAAGCUAGCGAGGACGACGAAGAAGAAGAGAAUGGUAGUGUCAGCGCAGCUCAGGCUCACCCGGUCAACAUUAAGUCGCUGAGCAAGCGGCUUUGCGAAAGCGAGGAGAAAUUUACAAAGUUCAGGAACGCUACUCUGGCCAAAUGGGACGAGCGUACCAAGUUGAUUUCAUCUCGUCGUACAAAGAAUGCCAACAGUGAUUUCUCCGCUUUUGAAAAGGAGAAUAUCGUGGCACAAAUUGAGAAGAUCUGCUCGGACAGGCCUCGUGUUCUGAAAAGGUCGCGCACGAAGAAAUCUGACGUUGAGCGUAUUGGAGGCAACGUGGAGGCGGAAGAAGAUGAGGAGAUUUAUGACGAUGACGAUUUUUACCAAGUUCUUUUGAAAGAACUGAUAGACAAGAAAACAAGCAACACACAAGACCCGGUCGCUAUGACCAGGCAUUACAUCGAAAUGCAGAAGUUAAAGAGUAAACGCUCGAAGAAGAAGUACGUUGAUCAUCGUGCUUCGAAGGAUAGAAAAAUCAAGUAUCUCCCAAUACCGAAACUGGUAAACUUCCACCCUGCUAUGCCGGAAAUGGUACAAUGGAGUCAUGAGUCACGGAAUGAGCUGUUCAAAUCUCUUUUCUCUUGA